GUCAAUGGUGCAGCUAAAUAAUUCAUUUUUUUUUCUAAGCUUCUAUAUAUAUAUGCUUUGAGAAUAUAAUUACAAUCACAUUGGAAAGCAUGGCUACAUACAAGAUUUGGCUGAUGUCUCUCAUGAUCACAGGAGCGAUUCUAGCAGAUGUAAUCCCUGGAGUUACUAUAACAAAGACAGCGAUCGCUUGUCCUCUCUAUUGCUUGGAAGUAGAGUACAUGACAUGUCCUUCCUCUGGGGACGAGAAGCUGCCUCCGAGAUGCAACUGUUGUCUUGCUCCCAAAGACUGUACUCUCCAUCUCUCUGGUUCUACUUCUAUCCAUUGUACCAAAUGAUUUUAGAAACAAGUGUGAAGGCCUGAUGAAAUCCCAUCCACUCAUCCCAGUGUUCUAUUUCAUCUGUUCUGUAAUCUCCUUUUUUCUUCUUCUUGCUUCUUUCUCAAACUUUAGCAUCAAACGCUUACAUGUAAUGGAUAUAAAAAGAGCUUGUGAGUGAGUAUCUAUUGUAAGUUUGGCUGUUAUAUCGAGUAUGUUAAAAACCUUAAAGAGUUCUACGUUGUGACCAGGUCCCAACUUUGUGAUUAUAAAAACGAAACCCUAAUUAUGCUAA